ACCACGCGCACACGUGUUCGUUUUGUUCCAAAAUGGGAAGAACAAGAGGCUCCAAACGUGCCACAAGUAGCAGCAGGAAUGCACCAAGUAAUGUCUCGCCACCCAAACGCAGCAAGCACACAACCAAACCAGAAAAGUCCAAGACAAUUGCGAACACCACUGGUAGAAGAGCAGAAUCAACCACACAGGUAGAGACACCCACGGCACCCGAGGACCAUUCCACCAACUGCUCAGGAAAACUGGACUUCUCCUCGCCAGAGCGUCUUCUGGCCUCAAUGCUUGCCCCUGCCGCUAGCCUCUCGUCGUUCUUUGAGGAACAAUGGGAGCAGAAACCUCUGGUUGUCCGCAGGGGCGGGGGCGAGGCGUCGGCUGGUUCUUACGGUGCUUGCUUCUCAAAGGACGGCUUGCUGAGUUUGCUGGCCAAGCACGACAUUCAGUUUGGAUUGGAUAUCAACGUCUGCAGGUAUGUCAAGUCCAAACGAGAAAACUUGAACGGAAGUGGUCGAGCAACGACGGCAAAAAUUAAGAAUCUCUUCGACAAAAAGCAGGCGACGCUUCAGUUUCAUCAACCGCAGCGAUUCCAGGAUGAGCUUUGGCGGAUCUGUGAGCUGUUGGAGAGUCAUUUCCAUUCCCUCGUUGGUGCCAACGUCUACAUGACGCCUGGUGGUUCGCAAGGGUUGGCCCCUCACUAUGACGAAGUUGAGGUCUUUAUUCUUCAGCUGGAGGGUAGGAAACACUGGCGCCUGUACGCGCCCCCAACAGAGCUCCCCAGAGACUACAGUGGUGACCUGACCCAAGAUGACAUUGGCCAUCCGACCCACGACUUUGUCUUAGAGACCGGCGAUCUUCUUUACUUCCCGCGUGGCACGGUGCAUCAAGCAGACACGCCGUCCAACUGCCAACACUCAACUCACGUCACCAUCAGCACAUAUCAAAGAUCAUCCUACGGUGACUUGCUAACCCUGGCAUUGCCAAAGAUUCUCAACUCGGCAAUAAAUGGCAACGUUGACUUCAGAAAAGGGCUCCACGUUGGCCAGCUUUCAAAUAAUAGAGUUGAUGACAAGCCAACAUUUCAGAGUCUCCUAGGCCAACUGUCCAAUCACGUGGGAGAUCACAUCGAAGGAGCCAAAUACCAGAUGUUGAGAGACUUUGUGGCCAAUCGACUGCCUCCGUACCGACCAGGUGACCUCGAAACAGGUCCAGUAGGUCCCAUGCCGACAGGAAACUGCAGAGUGAGACUAAUAUAUGCCAGCCACACGUUUGUGCACAAAGUGUCCAAACACGAAGAUGAAGAUGGUGAGAAUGAUGACGAAGAUGACGAAGACGACGAAGAUGACGAAGAUGACGAAGAUGGCGAAGAUGGCGAAGAUGGCGAAGAUGGCGAAGAUGGCGAAGAUGACGAAGAUGACAAAGAUGACGAAGAUGACGACAUUGCAACAAACGCAGAUUCCCUCAACCAGGAUGGACAUAAUUUGACAGGUUUCGUUGUGGUUCAACACUCGGUUGCCAACUCACGAACAAAUCACAUGAUGGGCAGUGGUGAAACCAAGCCACAGGCGCUACGGUUCCCGACAGGUUACUACCAAGCCAUCAACCAGCUGAAAUCCCAUUCAGAAGGCGACUGGCUUGAAAGCAGCCAACUUUGCCUGCCAGAAGACGACAUCAGGGACCUCUUGAUGUCGCUGUGGGCCGAGGGACUGCUUGAGAUUUCAAAAGACUGAAGAGGGUCUGUAUGCAUCCCGGAAAGUUCAAGAACUUUGUAACCAACUCCAGGAAAGUUCUACAACUUUGUAUCCGUGUGCUGUAAAGUGCGAGAACUUUAUAGCCAUGACCUAGAAAGUUCUAGACCCUUUUAAUCCUGUCCUGGAAAGUUGUAGAACUUAAUCAUCCGCUCCUGGAAAGUUCUGGAAGUUUUUAACAAAGUCCUUCAAAGUUCUAGAACUUUGUAUCCAUGUGUUGGAAAGUUCUUAAACUUAGUAUCCCUGACCUAGAAAGUUCUCAAACUUUGUAACCCGGUCAUUGAAAGUUCCAGAACUUUGCAACGAAGUCCAUGAAAGUUCUAAAACAUUGUUACCUAGUCCUGGAAAGCUCUGGAACUUUUUAACAGAGUCAUGGGAAGUUCUUAGAAAUGUGUAACUGGGUUCUGGAAAGUUCUAGAUUUUUUAAAUCUUUUUCUCAUAAAGUUCUAGAACUUAGAACCUUUCUCUUGACUCCUCAUCUCUGAGAGUUUUGAGCUUUUAUUUCUAUGGAAAGAAAAACCUAAGACUGCAUAGAAGUACUUCACACUAGUGACAACAUUGACAAUUGAAAAUAGUUGGUCUUUGUGAAAUUAAAUUUCAAUUUAUUUAUGUAACACUUAUUACAAAGAUACACUUCAGACAAUUUAAGUGAUUUAAUGUACAGAUACCAUUAGCUGAAUUUGCAUAUCAGAUUGCUUUGAUUACAAAGUGGCAUACAUUUAUAAAUACACUAAUUACUGAAAAACAAAUAACUUCAACCGUUAUACCCUAUGCAUUGUACAUGUAUUUCAUGAGC